CUACUCGGCGGUCUUUGAUUACAGCUGCGGCGGAGCCGAAGCGUCGAAGCGACCACACGAGCAGUGAGGAGCACCUGGAUCGACGCUGGUGGUUGUUGUCGAGGCUUCCGACAUGGUGCUUGGGAUCUACACGUCCAAGGUCAGAAUCUGAUAAAACCCUUGAUCCACUCUGGUGCCAAGAAUCCUCCAGUCUCGAUUAAUUUAGGGUUAGGAUGGCUUAGGUUUCCGACAUGGCUACACGGUUUCGACAUUCUUUCUCAAUUUUUUUCAUGUAAUCCAUGAAUUCAUUCGUAUCCUGUGAUUUGCCCUCCCCAAGUGCUAUCCCCCGAUCUACAAUAAUUCUUCUGGUGGAUUUCGCUGCCUGAUCGAGAAAGGGAUCGGUUUUGGCCACGCUGUGAGUGCUUUUCCGUCCUUUUUGCCUACUUCUCUUGCAGUCUCCUCAGAAGAUGCGCCGCGAAGCGCCUGCUAGAGGUGGACGGGACAUGUCGCAUAUGUCUGCCAACGAAGCCGGCAACUUGAAGGACCAUAGAUCUGAUUGGCAUCAUGAUCAGUUCAUACGUCGACCCCAUCGAAUCAGCUUAAGCCCUUCGAGCAGGGAUAGGCAUCCUCGCUCACCCCCCAUCCGCCGGAGCUCCUCCACAGAUCGCAGGGACUACGCCUCUAGGCGACCUGAUUAUGGGAAGCAGCUCCAUAAUGACCCCACAUCAACUCCCCAUCGUCGCUACUUGCACUCACCCAAUCAACGGGAAGGUUAUGAACUACCACACAGAUUUAUGCUGUCAAAUGACUCCAAUUUGAAGCCAGAGCUGUCCUCUAACCCAAAAAUGUCUCACAUGAUCGAAGACGAAGAAUAUCUCCUGAAUGACAAUGGUCUUCCAGGGGCUUCACAUUUGGGGCUCGAAACCCAGAGCAUGCUGUAUCAAAAGCGGCUUAUUUGGGAUGAUGGAUCACCCCAAACUUUCUACUCACUGCCUGAAGAUGCGAAUUUCUCAACUGAAGCUGCAUUGCUCAAGCAAGAGUACACAGGAAGAAAUAGAGUGCCAUUAGAUGUGGGGUUCCGUGACUACCACGAUCGACUGAGAAAUCCAUUCGAUGAGAGACAUGGAGUGAAGGCAUAUACUAGUGAUGCAUCUUUUGCAACAACUCCAUCGUUGAGGUCCUAUGGUGGUGCCUCAUCAUCCAAUCUUUCAAAAAAUGAUAUGUUGAGCUUGUAUGAUGAUCACCCUCACCAACCUUCAGAUGGUUACUUAAGAGAUGGUUCAAACAAGUAUAUAAAUGACACUUUUGACAGGAUUGGGUAUGUUCAAAUGCAGAUUUCUGAACCACUGAGAAGGAACCCACUUAGUCCAGCUCAAAUGGAUCCUCAGUACUUUGAACCUGACGGAUUUAGCCAGAGAGAGCUAAGUAAUCGUAGAUUUCUUGUUUCAGAUGAGAUAUAUGAAAAAAUACCAUGGAGGUCUCAUAGUGACCAUCACGACAAGAUGGGCUCAUCUUUCAGGGAUCGUGUAGGAGGUAGGAUUGGAGAAUUGGAUGCUUCAAGAAAUGUUACAAGUGAAAGUGGCCAUUGGGAUAAACAAUAUUAUUUACACGAAGAUGCAGAGUUGGAGUAUCAAGAGGUUAAGAACAUUAAGGCUGACUUUUUGGAAGGUUCUUCUAGUGGGCAUACUUCUGGAUACAAAAUAAAACCAUCACGAGUUCAUGAAUUAGCUACUGUUGAAGGAACAUAUGCUUUAAGGUCUGUUGCUGGUCUUAAUAGUUACAAUGAAAGGCCUACUAGUCCUACUUAUUAUGGUCGUCGAGUGAAUGUAUAUGGACAGGUUAUCAAAUCGCCACAGAGGGAAGCUGAUAUGUAUGAUCUUUAUGAAUUGCCAUCUGAAAGAAUAACUAGAAAACAGUUUGUUUCUGAUGUUCGCAUAAGUGAACCUGAUCCAAGAAGCCUUGUUUCUAACAAUCAAACUGCCUUUAGAUCAAUUUCCUCAGCAGGUGCUACUGGUAACAUGUGGUCAGAGAGAAGGGAUGAACAACAAGAGGUAAUGCAAUCUAAGCGCAUGGCUAUUGGGCAUAGCAAAUAUAAAACAGUUUCUCAUAGGGUGUCUAGAUCUGAUAAUUGGCCGACUGCUGGAGAAACUCUCAGACAUCCUAAACAUGGACAUGGUACAAACAUUAAAAAACGACUCAGGUCUGGUCCAUCAGAAGCUCAUGGCUCAUAUAAUUCUGAGAGAAGACAGGAAUUUUUCAAAUCCCACAAAUCUUGGAAGAAGGACCUAGAAGAGCGGAAUGAAGGUCCUGCUCAUGAUAGAUAUGUUUCUGAUGAUACUAGGACACAAAGAAAGAGGGAUCCAGUUGAAGGUUCUGAAGAAUUUAAGCAGCAAGUCCACAAGUCCUUUCUUCGAUUUCUUAAGUUGCUGAAUGAGGAUAUGCAGCAACUUAAGAGAUAUCGCGAGCAAGGAAAUGAGAGUCAUCUUUGCUGCAUAUGUGGCAGUACGUCAGAGAAGUUUCCUGACACACACAGCUUGGUGAGUCACUUUUAUCACUCUGGCAAGGUGGGUUUAAAGACAGAACAUUUGGGUCUUCACAAAGCACUUUGUCUUCUUAUGGGAUGGAAUUGGCUUGUGGCUCCUGACCAAGCAAGGACUUAUCAGUCUGCUGCUGCUCCUGAAGCUAAGAAUCUGAAAGAGGACCUCAUUCUCUGGCCUCCAGUUGUUAUUUUCCAUAAUAACUCCACUGGGAAAAAGACCCUCAAUAACAAGAAUACUGUCCUGUCUACGGAAGGGAUACAGGAAAUACUGAGAGAAUUGGGGUUUGAAGUAUUAAAAACAACAAUUUGUAAAGGGAACCCAUCCAAUCAAAGUGUGUUCUCCAUCAAGUUCUUCCCAACUUUUUCCGGGCUGCAAGAAGCAGAGAGGCUUCACAAACGACUUGCAGAAAAUCAUCAUGGCAGACAAGAUUUUCUUCAGAGGUCUUCCAGCAAAAAUAACCCAACAAAUGAAGGCGAAGCUUGCUUUAAGAAAUUCCCUUCUCUUUAUGGAUACAUGGCAAUUGCAGAAGAUCUGCCUAAGCUUGAUUCAGAAACAAUGAAACGAUGUAUGGUUAAGAGUAAGAAGGAUAUUGAGGCCAUCGCCGAUGCCCCACUCAAUUUGGAUUGAAUACCAGGAGGUUUAUCUGUUUUGCUUUCCAACAGAACCUGAAAAUGGUCAGUUAAGGCUAGUUAGCGGUUUAUCUGUCAGACAUCUUUUGUUUAGAAAAGAAAACCACAUUCCUAUUCGCAAAAGCAGUUCCAUAUCUUAGUGAUGCAAUGAAUAUAUUUUUGUUAAAAUCGCUUUUCAGUUUCUUGUAUAAAUAUGAUACUGAAGAAUUUCAGUCCACAUAAGGUGAGUUGGGAGGGCUUCUUUCAGGACUUAUGGAAGUUGUUAAGAUCUUGCAUUUU